UACCCUUCCUUCCCUUUCCCCAAUCCAUCGCCGUCACUGUAAUUUCAUCCGAUCGAAAAACUCUAUUGCUCGGCAAUGGAGUCCUCAGAGUCGUCACCGUUCGAUUCGUUCAAGUCAAAGAAGGUAUUCCAUUCGGUCUCCAAAUCAUCACAGUCCGAUCAAACGACCAGAGCUUCGGAUCAGAAUCCAUGGAGCUCCAAAACCCCCGAGAAGCCGACGGACCCUCCUCGCCGUGCUCGAAACCAUCUCACCGCAAUGUCGAUAAAAGAAGUGAAACAGUUCGCGAAAGGGCUCCAAAAAUCGAAUCAGGACCGACCUAUUCGGAGCGACCAAAUCAGUUCUGCCAGACAGCAGAUUGCGUUGCAGCGGAGCAAAUCUCCGGCGGCAAAGUCGAAGAAGGUUGACAGCUCGAUGAAGCUUCCGGAGAAAUAUGAGAUUUUGAGUAAGUUCUUUGAUAGCUUGGAUUGUUCAAUCCGGCUGCUACGGUUGAAGGGAAUGGUGUCAACAUUUACAAACAUUAGCCCCAAAAUUGAGUACUUGACCGAUAGGAGAUUUUCACAGGGUCAUUUAGCUCAAUUAAAAUUUAUAUUACCAGAGGUGAUUGAGAUAAAUAAGGUUCGUAUUCACAAUGAGCACACAGAUUGCAAGACUUCAGAUCUUCACGUUACCCUGAAUGUCGAUGCAAUUGGGAAUGAUGGGAAGCUGAAAACAGAUAGUGGGAGUUCACAUGCGAGGAAGGCCUUUCGUGCUCGACUUAUGGAUUUCUUCAAAUCCCAUCCCGAGGGGGAUGAAGUUCCGGAGGAAGCACUUCUGGAGCCGUUCAAUCAGUCAAAGCCAGGUGCACCUUCAGAGCAUCAUCCGGCAGCACCCGCAUCCCAUCUGUCUCAAUCUUUCCAGAGGCGCUUUUCACAGAAAGGUUCAUGCCCUGAAGCAUCGAAAACCAACCAAAAACCAUCAACAGCGCCUCUUCAACCUUCAGUUCUUCCAGUUUUGGGACUACAACUUGACCAGAAUUCUAAAGAAGAAACCACUGCAUCUGCUGCUCCAUCUCCCAUUAAAUUUUCUUUGAAUUCAACCACUAGUGGAAAAUGUUUAGAAUCUAGGGCCUCUCUAACUUGUCAAUCAUCAUCUCGUGUGCCUACAACUCCAAUCAAAGAGAGAGAUUCCACAAAGACUGAAGACUGUUCUUCCAUGGGAACUGAUACCAUCCAAUUCACUCCUGCAAAACUUGCUUCAACUCCAGCAAAGCUGAUGAAUACAACACCUGCGCUGCAACCACCAAAGAGGAGCUGUAUGAGCCCAGAUGAUGAUUCAACCAGCUCGCCAGUCAAAUUAGUUAGGCGUCCACCCCGAAGUAGGUCAUUGAAAUUUGACACUCCUGUGAAGAAUGCAAAGGUCGAUGAAGUCGAUGAGAUUGGAGGAUUAUCAGAUGACAAUGAUAUUUUUGAAAUUCUUCCCGAGAGUCUUCUACAAUCGAUAAGAGAGAAAGAAAGAAAAUCAAUAGAGGAUAAGGAUCCAGCCAUCUCACAAGCAAAGUGGCGGAGGCAAAUGAUUGCCAGCUUACCUAGGCUCUUCGACAUGAUUCGUUUACUAUUUCAGUCAAUUAACCGUUCUCUUAUCACAAAAGAGGAGCUUAUACACAGGAUAGUUGCAUGCCAUAUGGAUAUUGUUGACAGAAGAGAAGUCGAAGAGCAGCUCAGAUUGUUGCAAGAAAUAGUUCCAGAAUAUAUUUAUGAGAAGGUGGCAUCAACAGGGGAUAUUCUUAUAUGUGUCAAUAAAAUAUCGUGCCCUGAGGCAAUGCGUGCAGCACUCGCAGAAGUGAAGUGAAGAAAUGCCCAAGGCGAAGUGAUAAUUGAGACUCAACUUUCUAACUUAUUGAAAGAAGCAUGCUAGUGGUGUUCAAUAUGUACUCUACACUUGCUAUUUUGUAAAUUCCUGUUUUGUUUGACGCCUCAUCUAGUUUCAGACCCUUUGAGUAUGGGCUAAAUUUCAAGUGUCUGUUGAGAUGCUUUCCUCUUUUUUUAUAUGUAUAUAUUUUCCUGCAAUUGGAACUUGGAAGUUGCUCAAGCAUGAAUCUGGAAGCUUAUAUGAUGCAAUACUCGCUGCCAUUAAUUGAAAAUUGUGAU